AAAGUUCUAAUUUAGAGAUGAAAUAUUUAAUACGAGUAUUACGAAACGAGUUAAGGCCCUCGCUUUAAACGGUUUGGUCAAGAAAAUUGUUUUAUUCUUUACGAAAUUGAAAUGAAGAAAGUACUUUUCUUUCUGAUUAUUGUUCGUAUCUUUAGCGUGUAUUUGGUACAAACAUUUUUUUCUCCAGAUGAAUAUUGGCAAAGUUUAGAAGUCGCACAUAAAAUCAUUUACGGAUACGGACAUUUGACAUGGGAAUGGUCACAAGGAAUCAGAAGUUAUUUACAUCCUGUUAUAAUUUCGAUUUUAUACAAAAUAUUAGCCGUUCUUAAGUUUGAUAGCGUUGAUUUUCUUGUGUAUUUACCAAGAAUUUUCCAAGCUCUACUUUCUGCUUAUGCUGAUUAUCGUUUCUACAAUUGGUGCAACAAAAAGAAAUGGUCUCUCUUCAUAGUUGCAACUUCUUGGUUUUGGUUCUACACUGGCGGUAGAACUAUAAUUAAUUCGUUUGAAGCAUCUUUGACAACUAUCGCUUUAAGUUACUUCCCAUGGAGAUCAAAAGAUGAAAAUACACGAUUUCUAUGGAUAGUUAUGUUUUUAACAUAUAUUCGACCCACUUCAGCUUUAACAUGGGCACCGAUUUGUAUUUAUCAUCUUAAAAAAUCGCAAUUUUCUCUUAAAGAUUUAAUUAUUAAGAGAUAUAUUUUAAUUGGUCUGAUACUGAGCACUUUUUUAGUUGCGAUCGACACAUUUUUCCACGGAUCUUUUGUCAUUACUCCCUUAAGAUUCUUUAAAUUCAAUGUUCUGAAUUCUGUAGGAAGUUUUUAUGGUCAACAUCCUUUUCAUUGGUACUUAAGUUCGGGAUUGCCAGCAGUUCUUGGCAUUAAUAUAAUACCAUUUUCCUUUGCAGCAUUAAAUAUUCUUAAAAAUUUCAAUGAAAACUCGGUAGAUAAAGUUCUGUUAUCUUCCAUUGGAGUUACUUUACUUGGAUAUUCUUUGUUAUCUCAUAAAGAAUUCCGAUUUCUCCUUCAAAUCUUGCCAUUAUGUCUUUUUAUCACAGCAAAUUAUCUUUCUAAAUGGAGUCGAACAAAAUCGAAAUUCUAUAUUUGGAUUGUUGCAACUGUCAUUUUCGUUGCUAAUGUUAUACCUGCUGGUUACUUAGGAUUCGUUCAUCAACAAGGUCCACUUAAGGUUGUUAAUCGACUUGCAAAAAUAGCUGAAAAAUAUGAGUUGGAACAAGGAAAGCCUCCAUACUUUUUCUUUAUGAUGCCUUGUCAUUCUACUCCUUAUUAUAGUCAUAUUCACGUCAAUGUAACUAUGAGGUUUUUAACAUGUGAACCACCUCUUCAAAAUGAUAACAAGAAAUACAUAGAUGAGUCUGAGAAAUUUUAUGAAGCUCCCAUGAAAUGGAUUAGAACUCAUUUACCUGUUCACCCAAUUACUGCUCUUCCUACUCAUAUUGUUUUAUACGAUACAUUGCUGCCUAAAGUUAACGACUUUUUAUCAAUCUAUAAGCCAAUUGAUUUGUUUUUCAAUUCUGAUCACUUAGUAUCUUCUCGUUCUGGAAGAAAUAUCCUUCUCUAUGAGCGAGUUCAUCAUGAAGAUAAAACUGGAUAUUUAGAAUCAAUGCCUUAA